AUGUUUGAUACAUUCGCAAGGCUCUUAUCAUCGAUCCCCACAUUCCUCUUCCCUGUGUUUGCCUCCUAUAAAGCUCUCAAGACCUCCGAUCCCGCGCUACUUGCACCAUGGCUGAUGUACUGGGUGGUGUUGGCAUGCGCGUUGCUCGUUGAAUCAUGGGCUGGUUUUAUUCUAUUCUGGAUCCCGUUUUAUUCCUGGAUCCGCCUGGCCUUCCUCCUCUACCUCAUUCUUCCGCAAACUCAAGGUGCCCGCGUCCUCUAUCAGACUCACGUCCAUCCCUUCCUCCGCGAAAACGAGCUCGCCAUCGACGACUUUAUAUCAUCCGCACACGAUCGCGCUAAAGCAGCAGGUCUCUCCUACCUAAAGCACGCCAUCGAGCUAUUCAAACAACAUGUCCUCGGCCUUCCUCCCAAAGCGCCAACGCCGCCUUCCACACCGGGUCCAUUUAGCUACACACAAAGCCUCAUGGCCCGGUUUAACCUCCCAUCAGCGCGGGCUUCUAUGCCCGCAAACCCCGUUAUCGGCGCAACCAACACUGCAAACGAUUUCUAUGCGCUUCUCGCCUCAGCAGUGAGCGCCGCCACCUCGCGAGAUCCUACAGCAACCGACCCCAGCGAGGCCCGUGAUUUCUCAAACUCGCAGACACUUAUUCCGCCCACCGUCCAGGGCGAAGAGCGCCUCUCUUUUAUAGCCGCUCAGCGCGAACGCCUCUCCAUUAUUCUUUCAGCCCUGGAUAAAGAAGCCAAUACCCUCCAAACUGGGGAUGAUUCCCCUAGGCGCCCAGUAAGCGUCUUAAGUAGCCGGAAGAGCGAGGGUGAUUUCGAGAAGAUUGACGCGGAAAGCGGAGCAGAAGAUGGGUCGCCCCACGCAAGGCGGGAGGCAAGUGGCGGAAGCUGGAUGCCAUGGAGCUGGGGCGUGAAACCCGAGACGGAUGCCGAUACUCUUAUGACUGGGAUCACGACUGGAUUGCAGAAGGAUGAUGGUAAGGGAAAGAGUUCUGGGGUGGACGCGUAA